AGUCAGCAUCUUAGCUGCCCUCAGAGAGGGUAACAUGCAGGGCUUUCUACUCUCCUUUGCUCUGAUGGUAGCGGGAGGAUUGGCUGGGUCAGGUUGGAGUGAAUCUUCAGUAACCACAUAUGAAUCUACCGAGGGUACACCGGAACCCAGCGAUGACACUCCCAAAUUAAGCGAAAUUCCUACGGUGAUGCCCAUUUCUCCCGGUGGGAGUAAGGAGUCAGAGUUGUCUCCCUCCCCUAGCAUAGAUGCAGAAUUGGCACUGAACACCUUUUCUGGGUCCGGGGAGUCUGGAGACUCUGAAUUGUCAGUGGUUCCCUCUCCUGACCCAGGGGAGUCCAGAGACUCGGAUUUGGCAUUAAAGUUGGGGAUUCCAUUGGCACUACUGAUUUUACUCUCUCUGUUGAUUGUUUGCCUGGUAAGGUGCCAUAACCGAAGGAAAUCCAAGCAAGUGCCCUCCAGCCAGGGAUCUCAGAAUGCUUUACAAACAUAUGAGCUGGGAAGUGAAAAUAUUAAAAGCCCUAUUUUUGAGGAAGAUACGCCUUCGGUUAUGGAAAUAGAAAUGGAAGAGCUUGAUAAGUGGAUGAAUUCCAUCAAUAAAAAUGCUGAAUGUGAAUGUUUGCCCACAUUACAAGAAGAAAAGGAAUCAAACAACCACCCGAGCGACAAUGAAUCCUGAAUGCUGCUGACAUUUUCCAGAGAAAGCUGCACCUCAGGGAGUCUGGAAAUGCUGCCAGUUGAGGAUGAAGUGGAUGUGAAUUGAAUUAAUCUCCAACCAUAGCAGAUAUAAGAACUUUUUGCUGCUUCUUGGAGCAUUCCAUCUUUAGGUGGUGAGCAUCACCAAGACUCUCCAGAAAGGACAGUGCAAAGCAAUGCAGAAGGUCUGCUGCAGCUCCACAAUUUCCCAGGGAAAUUCUCUGGCACCUACCCUUCCAAACAGCAGGUGCCCUCCUUCUCUCCCAGACCUUGGUUUGCUGUGGCAUGAAGGGCCAAAUCGUGUGUCUCCACUGGAGGACCCCUGUUCCCUCUGUCUUGAAAUCCUUCGUGAUUUGCAUCGGAUGGUUGCAUUUUCACAACUUCUUUUUGAAUAAUGUUGUUACUUCAAGGGGGCAGGGAACUUGUCCUCACUGUGUAUGGACUUCCCUGGGCAGAAUCAGCACUUUUAAAAUUAGGAAACCCCUUUAGGCUGAUAACAAAUGUUCUAUCUCCCAAGGGGACUCUGUGAAAUCCUGCCUUUCCUAACAGACUGCCUCCAUCUAUAAGCUUCUUGAUUGGAGUUGAGCCCCUCAGAGGCUCUUGGGAAGAACUCACGGUGUUACGCCGUUACGCUCAGAUUCUCAUAGGAACUGUGAGACUCUACCUUUUAAAUACUGCUCCCAAUUACUCUUUCCCUCUCUUCUCUCUCUUUUUCUUGCUAUCUCUUCUCUAUUCUUUCUCUCACUCCCUAUUUUAUCCCCUACCCCCUCUCCUCUCUUUCUCUCAGGAUUGUGAAAAUACUUGAACUACAGAGUCAUGUGUUGCGUCAAAAACGAAGAGGCACUUUCUAGGUCAAGUGCAGUGGGCCAGUUCAUCAUCCGCCAAAACCCUGACCCUUCCCCCUAUAGCAUUCUGGCAAAUAUCUGUUUUUCCACUUGCCUAGAGUAAGUAAGAAUUUAAGGUAGAGGACUAGUAAAGAUUGAAGCAUAUAUUUAAUUUACUUUCCACUUGCUCCCUGAAGUCAAGAGGGGAUGGUGAGCUGAGGAGUUGGUCUACUCUGGGCCCAUGUUUGAACAACUCUCUUAAGGUAUAAAACAGCAGCUGGGCUGAUGCCUUGCAUAGGUAAGAGUCUGAAUUCAUGGCUCCACAGAGAGUCCAGAGGCAGGGAGGCAUCAACAGUUAUUUGGUUUGGCAAUGGUGAAGGCCCUGUUCCCAUUUUUACCACCACAGAGAAAAUACUGUCAGCCGUAUCCAGCAUCCUUUGAGAACUCCCCUGCCUCAGACCUUGCACAAAUACUCAGAUGUGAGCAAGUCUACCCGUUUGGCAGGUGGCAUUUCGGGCUUCUGAAGCCCCUACCCUCCAUUCUCAUGGCAACUCCCAGAGUCCAGGCAAACUCACUGCUGAGGGUGGGGAGCAGAGCCCAGCUUCUCCCAGGCCGUCGGUAGGCAUGUCUGAGCCCACGGACUCCCAGCCAAAAUUCCAUGACAUCCCAGACUCAAACAAAACUCAUUCACCCAAUCCCCAAACAUUCUUGCAAUAUUCACUGCUUGCCAAUCCCCUUUGGUUUGAGUGGAAGGGGAGAGGGUCAUACUUGUGGAUUCAGGAAAUUCUUUUGAGAAACCAAAGUUGGUUUUGCCCCAUGCAGACAGAGUCUCUGUUUUUUUGAGGUUCUCUAUUUGGUUUCUAUGCCACUCGGCCCAGGAACGGAUUUGGUGAUCUAAUUCUAAAAAGUCUGUCUCUAGUCAGCUCUAUUACAGUGGUUCCCCUUAACUGUUUCCACCCUUCUGAUAGCUAACAUUUUAUGAACCUCCAGUAAGUUUCAGAAAUGCUUGUUUCUCCUCCUUUCAUGCCCCCUCAGCUUGCCCACUUUCUCUGCCCAGGCCCCAAAAAAUCAACUAGCAGUCUUUAUCAGCCCAUUCCCCCUCCAGCCCUUAAUUCUCAUUGUGGGCAGGGAACGUAUCUGUUUAUUGUUACAUUGCGCUCUCCCAACCACUUAGUACAGUGCUCUGCACAUAGUAAGCACUCAAUAAAUAUGAUUGACUGACUGACUAACCCACCAACAGAAAGGUCUGUCCCUGUAAACUCCUUCUUGCAUUCCAGGACUGUCUUUGGAGUUCUGGAAUGGCACUUGAGAAAACAGUGCCAUGUUGGGCAACACAGGAGUUUUCAUUCAGUAUUUAAGGCAUCAACCUCAAACCCCAAAUUGAAUGACCUUUUCCAUAUGUAAAUAGGUUUAUACCUGGAUAAUGUACUGAACAGUGUUUAUUUGUAUAGGGUACAUGCCACUUGAACUGAAGGGUCUACAAUACCUUUCUAUGUGCCUUUUAAGGAGGAUAACUUACCAUAGCAAACUUAUGGGUGGUUUAGCUAAAACAAUGACAUACUUCACUCUGAAGGCCCCUAUAUUUCUGGCGUAAUUCAGCACCUAGGUUGCAUAAUGAAAAAAUCAUUUCAGGAAUGUUUUUGAUACCAAAUAUAUUGUGACAUUUUGGAUCAGGGUAGAAUAACCCAAUAGAAGAUGAAUACUUUAGGUUUUCCAACUACCUAGAAAGAGGGGUUUACAGCACUGUUAUCAGUUUUACAAAGUCCUUUCUAGGUAAGUAUCCAUAGACAUACGUAAAAUAGUCUAAUCUUAGCUGCUUUUUAUGUUGUUGGUAAAUCCAAGUACCUCUUGGAUUGAAGAGUAAAACUCUUCAGAGAAAAAAAAAAAUCCAACUUCUCAACACGACUGUCUUGUCCUAACUGGAUAGAAAUGUUUAGCCACUGGGAAAGGUUACUGAAAAGGUUAUAUGAAUUCAAGAGAGUAAACAGGAUGCUUAUUAACCCAGAAAAUAGGUAAGUAAUGCCUAAAUCUAGAAGAUUAUCCUCUUAAUUUUCCUUAAUUGCUUACGAUAUAAUUGCCUCAUGUGUUUCCCAAAUACCACUUUGAACAGAUGAAUUGAUGAAACAAUACCAAAAUGAACAGAAAAAUUGGAUUUAAUAGAACUGAAUACACUAUGCAGACUUGUGUUUAAUUUUAUUCUUGGGAUGAAAUUGAGUUUCUACAAUCUUAUGCAUGUAUUAAAUGGUAUCAUAUAUUUUGUUCAAUAAGAACAGUUUAUGGCAGGAUUUUCUUUUUUUACUGGUUUAACUAAAAAAAAUUGAAAAAGU